AUGGAGUCCGCCACCAGUGCGGCGCAAAGGCUCCCGGGAGUUAUAGUUGGCGUUCGGUCCGCGCAGGCGCACUUUCCCGCGGCUGCCGCCGAGCUGCUCGUUUGUGGUGGUCGCUGUGUUUUUGUGAGAGGCUCGUCAGCUGGCUCGGUUGUUCUGUCGGUCCGCCCCGGGGCCUGUCUGCCGGCCACGCUCCGCGCCCGCCUGCUCCGGGCGGCUAAGCCCGAGGCCUGCCCUGGCCCCGCGCGCGGUGCCCCGGGCGGAGUGUGGGACGGCUGCGCGGGACGCGGGCCGCUGUCCCCUGAGCCCCAGUGGCAGGACCCGCUCCUCUGGGCCUGGCCUGGGGCCCGGGAGUCUGCAGAGCUGCCCACACCUCGGGGGGACGCUGCCGAGGGGCGCCAUGGAGACCCCUGCCCCGAAGCCCCGGGAGACAGAGUGGAAGCCAAGGUCUCACCAUGCAUGGCCUAUGAGGUCCAGUGUCAUUUAGUCCCCGAUUGGACAGCCUUGGCCGCACUCGGUGAUGUGCCAUGCGUGGCAUUCCCGCUGCCAAGCACUGUCGUGUGUAAUGCCUCAGGACCCAGUGACGUUCCAGGACGUGGCCGUGGAGUUCACCCAGGAGGAGGGGAGCAUCUGGGCCCCACGCAGAAGGCGUUGUACUGGGAAGUGAUGCUGGAGAACUACAGGAGCCUGGCGUCCCUGGGGCGCCAGGAUUCAAAGCCUGAUGUGAUCUCCCAAUUGGAGCAAGGUGGAUUGCCUUGGAUGAAUUGUGGGAAAUCUUUCAGCAGGGGAACACACCUUGUACAACAUGAAAGGUGUCAUGUAGGAGAGAGACCAUAUGAGUGUAAUAUAUGUGGGAAGUCAUUCAACUGGGACUCGUCUAUUGUUCUACAGCAGAGAACUCAUACUGGAGAAAAACGCUAUGAGUAUCGUGAGUGUGAGAAAGCCUUCAGCCAAAGUACGUGCCUCACACAACAUCAGAGGAUCCACACAGGAGAGAGACCUUAUGAAUGUAGUCAGUGCGGGAGGGCCUUUAGCCAAAGGUCACAUGUAACUCUGCACCAGAAAACUCAUACUGGGGAGAAACCCUAUGAAUGUAAUCAGUGUGGCAAGGCCUUUAUUCAGAGCAUUCAACUUACUCUACAUCUAAGAACUCAUUCGGGAGAGAAACCUUAUGAAUGUACCGAAUGUGGUAAAACCUAUAGUCAUAGCUCACCCCUAAUGCAACACAAGAGGAUUCAUACUGGAGAAAAACCAUUUGAAUGCAAAGAAUGUGGGAAAGCCUUUACCCAGAGCAUCCAGCCUACUUUACAUCUGAGAACACAUACUGGAGAGAAAUCCUACAAAUAUAUUCAGUGUGGCAAAGCCUAUAGUUACAGGUCAUCCCUAAUUCAACAUAAGAGGAUCCAUACUGGAGAAAAACCCUUUGAAUGUAAUGAGUGUGGGAAAGCUUUUCGAUGGAAUACACACCUUACUCAACACCAGAGAAUUCAUACUGGAGAGAAACCUUAUAAAUGCAAAAAAUGUCACAAGUCUUUCAGCAGAAGUACACGCCUUAAUCAACAUCAGAGAACUCAUUCUGAAGAGAAACCCUACAAGUGUAAUGAGUGUGGGAAAACCUUUGGUCAGAGUGCAUAUCUGACUCAACACCAGAGGAUGCAUACUGGAGAAAAACCUUAUCAAUGUAAGGAAUCUGGAAAGGCCUUCACUGUAAAUGCAUACCUUGCUCAACAUCAAGGGAUUCAUAAGAGAAAGAAACCUUUAUAAUGUGCCAAUUACAAAGAAAUUCAGACUGGAGAGAAAUUCAAUAAAUGUAUUUAAGGUGGGAAAUAUUUCAGCAUAAACACAGGCAUUCCUCAACAUCAAUAAAUUAAUAAAAGAGAAAAACCCUAUAA